CUCUUACUGACAUAGACUGAUGAAUACCUAGAAAUGGUUCAUGGACGAGCGCAGAAGACCACACAAGAAAGAGGGCGCAAAUGCGUCUAGCAGUUCGCCAGAGCCUACGAGAGUCAAGUCUAAAAGUAAGCCUCAACGGAAGAAGGGGGUAGAGCGUCAGCAAGUUGCGACAUCAGGACCUGUCUUCCGAGACAGGGUUCUUUCUAAGCGCAUUACAAAGCCAGUCACAGUAAAGAAAUCUUCUCAACGUGGUAGGAGACGUCUUGGGGGCUCUGAUGCAAACAUCGAAACCUCUGCACAGCCUGCCCGAGCCGGCAGUCGAAGCACAGAGAUCCUAGGAUCUGAGGUCCCUUCUGAUGCCAUUGCCAAAAACACUCGAAGGUCGACCAAGUUGAAGGCUAUUGCAGAAAGUAGUGCCACAGGAGUAGAUGAUGAUAUGGGCGCGCAACAAGAUGAUACAGACUUCAUGGCUCUGACGGACAGAGAGACCCUUCUAUCGAAAGAGAUUCAUGAAUUGAAGCAAAGAUGCGAAAAGCAGAAGGUAAGGAUUGCAGCAACGAGGAUCGCUCUACACGCACAACAAACCGAGCUUCAGCAGAUCCAACUGUCGCUUGAGAACACGCGUGGUGAGUAUAAUACUGUCCAAACAAAUCUCCAGCAAUUGCAAUUUUAAAUUGGGGAAUGGAGCUAUGGCCACAGGGGGGUAGAUGGAGGAGCUAUUGGCAUAU